AAAAAAAGCUAUUAUUAGGUGGGUAAGAGAUAUAGGUGUGGGGGCCAUGCAUGUUGUGGUCAAAGUGCAAUUUUGUAGAGUUAGGUGUCUCUUUUCCUUUAAGUGGGCUCUAGGUUGUAAGGCCUGCACUUCAAACAUUUUUAUGUGCUGAGCCAUCUCACUGACCCCUCUCAGGCACUCUUAAAGACAGAAACAAGUCUAUGUGGAAGCUGCUUGCCAUCUGUUUGUUGAAAGCAAGUAAAUAGCAGAAGCUUUUUUCUUUUCCUUUUUUUUUUUUCCUUUUUUUUUUUUGAGCUAGGAUUGUAAUAGUCUAGUUUUGGGCUGUUCUUAGAACUCAUUGUGUAGACCAGGCUGGCCUCAAAUUCGCUAAGUAGCAAAUGAAGACCUUGAAUAUCUGAUCAUCCUGCCUCUUCCUCCCAAGUGCUGUGGUUACAGGUGUGCACCACCACUUGGUUUCUCCAGUGUGAGAGGCUGAACUUAAGGUUCAGCCAUGCCGAGUUAGUGCCACCAACUGAUCUGCAUCCUGAGGCUCUAGUCAGCAGACUUUCUGUUUGUCAAAUUCGCAAUGUCUCCAGCUGUCCUCAUGUUUUAAUUGAUGAGAGUGUUUCUCACAAAGAGACUUAAAUAGCUCUGAGCUGCAUACUCCUAGCUACUAAGGGUUGCUGUGGCGUUAGCAGGACAAUUGUUACAUCAACGGCAGCAGUUUCAUCAGAAUUAGGCUGUGUGAGGUUCUAGGUAAGAAUUCUGUCAUUGCUGCCAGUGAUGGCUUUGGAAAAAGAUGCCUGUCCUGCUUUGCCAAAACUGGACAAGAGCAGCGCAGCAGGGAAUGCAGCGAAGCCUGCCAAUAAAAACCCUAAACAAAUCAGGUGUGAGGAGAUUCACUUACCACGCUUCUCACUAAAGCAAGGCAUGAUCCCAACACGUUAUGUUAUGCCUUGGAAAGAAAGCAUGAAAUUCAGGAAUGUGAAUCUGAAGCAAGCAGAAGCGUGUGGGAUCUAUGCUGGCCCCUUGGAAGAUUCUCUGUUCUGGGGUUACAGUGAGCGACUUUGCCAUGGGGAAGAUCGGAAAGUCGUCCUGAAGAAAGGCCCUCCAGAGAUAAAGAUAGCCGACAUGCCUUUGCAUUCGCCUCUCUCCAAAUACCAGAGCACCGUGAUCUCCCAUGGCUUCAGGAGGCGACUGAUUUGA